GCACAGGCAAGAGCCGCCAUUUUGACUGAGCAACCCUAGUGACAGGAGCUGAAGAAGCAGCGCAGGUUGUCCCGUUUCCCCUCCCCCUUCCCUUCUCCGGGUGACUUCCUGGGUCCCCUACACUCCACAGUCCCGGUCCCGCCAUGUCCCAGAAACAAGAGGACGAGAACCCUGCGGAGGAGACUGGCGAGGAGAAGCAGGACACACAGGAGAAAGAAGGUAUGCUCCCUGAGAGAGCCGAGGAGGCAAAGCUGAAGGCCAAAUAUCCAAGCCUAGGACAAAAGCCUGGAGGCUCCGACUUCCUCAUGAAGAGACUCCAGAAAGGGCAAAAGUACUUUGACUCAGGAGACUACAACAUGGCCAAAGCCAAGAUGAAGAAUAAGCAGCUGCCAAGUGCAGGACCAGACAAGAACCUGGUGACUGGUGACCACAUCCCCACCCCACAGGAUCUGCCCCAGAGAAAGUCCUCACUCGUCACCAGCAAGCUUGCGGGUGGCCAAGUUGAAUGAUGCUGCCCGGGGCUCCGCCAGAUCCUGAGACGCUGCCCCCCUGGGUCCUGUGCUGGCUCCUGCCCCUCCCUGCUUUUGCAGCCAGGGGUCAGGAGGUGGCUCGGGCGCGGGCUGGAGAGGCAGAAGCCCCUGCCCGUCGGUGUCCCAGCGCAUGGAGCCCCUUGGGCUGAGCACCAAGACCUUGAACCUUUUUUGUUUUUCCUUUUUCUCCAAAUAAUUGUUGGGAGACAUCUCAGUGAAAUCCUGGGGGUGGGGUGGGGGGUUGGGAGGGUGGAGUGGGAGAUUUGGGGGAAUAUGAAUUAGGGCUUGGAGUUGAUAAAAACAUUCUUGGCUAUCCUCCUUAACCAUGUGGCUGGUGGGUGGGUGUGAGGAGGAGGAAGUAAAAUGGACAAAAGAUGAGAGGCUCUAAUUCAGCUCUGUAGAAGAAUGCCUUGCUUGCUUGGAUGUGGCUGGGGACCUGGUGUCAGAUAAAAGAAACUGACCGUCUAAAUAUGAAAGAUGCAGACAGCUCCUCUGGUUCUGCAGAAUAAGCUGAGAACUCAAUUAUGCAUUAAAAAAAAAAAAGUGCUGUCCUUGAAAUAGAUUUGCUGCGGGAAGAAGGGCAGUGAGCGUGGGAGAAGGGGGCCAUGAGCGUGGGGAGCCCCACAGAGCCCAGGGAACUUUUUCAGUUUGAAAUAAAAAACAAAAGAAGACCCACCAAAAAAACCCAACCCAGAAAUACUCUGAAGCAGUUGGUGUGUUUUAUUGGGGUUUGGGGAAAGGGAAGAAAACAAUACUGAAGACACCAUUCAAGGGGAGAAGCCAGUGUGGGGCCUAAGUUUCUAAGGAACAGGGGCCCUUCAUGUGGGAUGUGUCUGGGUUCCCCGUUUCCCUAAUUUACGGAGAGGGAGCAGGGACGUUGGCAUUAGACCAGGACUUUUCCUGACUCCUGUCCAAGCUACUGUUUCCGUAGCUAAUGCAGAAGAUGCAGCCACCUCAGGUUUUGACUCACAAAAUAAGGGGUUUGCGGUAUUUGAUCUAAAUGGUUUAUUGACACCUAAAGCUCAGUACAGGCUAAGCAAAAAAGGAAGCCUGCUUUUCCUUUUCCCUUUCAGUCUUCCAUUCCUUCACAAGCUCUCAUGUCUGUGAAGGAGAAAUGUGACCUCUAGUAAUAAGCCAAAAGGAACGCAAGCCUUUCUGCUAGUGGCCAGUAGGGGGCAGAGUCACUUCUUUCCUCAUGAUGUCCUAACCACUGGAAUCCUGCCACUGAAAAAAGUUUAAAACUACUUGUGAGUGUAAUAUACAAAAGAAAUGUUACCCAAGGAGAAACAAACUCACUUGUCUCCUCUCACACCAAUCUACCAUGUGUGAAGAUUGAAACUUGCCCAUUUGCCCAAGUUUGAUUAGGAGAAUUUAUCAUGGUAUUUUCCCAAAUGUGAUUGGCUUCUCAAAUGAGUGUGCAUCAAGGAAGAUAAACAGGGUCCAGGAGACAUAGAUAUUCCAGAGAAAUCUCUAUCAUAUUGAGGGGGAGGAGUACUUCUAAACUAGAGAAGGAAUGUUGUUCUCAGUAUCUAACCCAUUCUUCUUAAUCAGAAACUUUCCAAAUAAGUUUUCAGCUACUCGGGAUGUUAUACUGACUUGCUCUCUCGUGAUUUAGCCAGCGGAUUGUGAUGCCUCCUAACCAUCAGCCUUUCUGAACAGCAUGCUAGACACUAAGUGAGCCAGGUGGUUUGGAGAAAUAUAUUAAAGGCAUUCCCUACCUUUGUGGGGUUUAUUGUCUAACUGGAAGAAAAUAUAUGAAAAAGUUCAUAUACUUCAAAA